UAUCGUCUCGGCAAUUAGACACCACUUGCAAGUUCCAACUACAAUCCUCCGGCGAGCGGCGGACAAGUUCACGGCCAUGGUUUCUUCCUCCCCUUCUUCUUCGAGGACGAUGAGAGCCGUGCAGGACGACAAGUACGGUGGAGGAGCCGAAGGCCUCAAGCAUGUGGAGGUGCCGAUCCCGUCGCCCAAGAAAGGCGAGCUGCUGCUCAGGAUGGAGGUGGCCAGCAUCAACCGGGUGGACUGGAAGUUCCAGAACGGCAAGGCGCGGCCCUUCCUGCCCGGCAAGUUCCCCUUCACCCCCGUCUGCGAGCUCGCCGGCGAAGUCGUGGAGCUGGGCGCCGGAGUGAGCGGCUUCAGCCAGGGCGACAAGGUCAUCGCCGUCAACUUCCCGGGCGGCGGCGGGCUGGCCGAGUACGCGGCGGUGCCGGCGUCGCAGGCAGCGCUGAGGCCGCCAGAGGUGUCCGCGGUGGAGGGCGCCUGCCUGCCGAUGGCCGCGUUCACGGCGCUCGCCGCGCUCAGGAGGGCCGGGGUCGGCCUCGACGCCGGCGACGGCCCUCCCAAGAACGUGCUGGUGACCGCGGCCUCGGGCGGCGUCGGCACCUUCGCCGUGCAGCUGGCGAGCCUCGCGGGCCACCACCACGUCACGGCCACCUGCGGCGCGCGCAACCUGGACCUCGUCCGGAGCCUGGGGGCCGACGAGGCGCUGGACUAUGGCACCCCGGAGGGCGCCGCGCUGCGCGGGCAGUCCGGGCGGAAGCACGACGCGGUGGUGCACUGCGGGGAGGGGUUCCCCUGGUCGGCCUUCGAGCCGGCGCUGGCCGACGCCGGCGGCGUGGUGGUGGACCUCACCCCGCGCCUCGCGUCCGUCGCCGUCGCGGUGCUCCAUUGGGCGCUCUUCUCCAGGAAGAAGCUGAUGCCGCUGAUCGCGUCUGCCAAGGAGGAGGACAUGGAGGCGCUGCUGGGCAUGGUGAGUCAGGGGAAGCUCCGGGUGGUGAUCGACUCGCGGUACCCGCUGAGCAGGGCGCACGAGGGCUGGGCCAAGAGCAUGAGCGGCCACGCCACCGGUAAGGUCGUCGUCGACAUGGGCGUCGCCGAUGACACAGAGUGAUGAUGACACUACAAUACGUAAAUUCAAAGUAAAUAGUUGCAGUGAUACCGAUUGCCGAAGAAGCUAGAGCUGCUCCCAUCUGUCCAAGAAUGUAAAUUAAGAAGCCCAUUGCGAUACAUCAUGUGA